AUGAAAAAGAUGUCUGCAAGAAGGCUCCUUCAGAGCUCAAAUAACCACACCCAACUGAACUAUAACGAAGAAGAUCUGGCUAGAGGGCAAACCAAAUCCUGGAACCUUGCACUUGGAACUCGAGAACAGAAGCCCAAAAACAAACCAAAACUCUUGAAACCAAAGUUCCUGCCAAAACUGAAACACACGAAUGUGUGGGAAGAAAAACAGUGGAAGGACAAUGCCCUGCAAUACACCGUCAGAGAAGAUGCCCCUGUAAAUGGUCGAGAUGGCCAAGAAUAUAUGGAUGUCGACAUGGAGCUCGAGAAUAACCUCAUGAUGGAUGAAAAUGAUGAGAAAUGGAGACAACAACCCCGCGGUGACCCCAGAGAAAGAAGCACGAGAAAUGGAGCAUAUAAGCUAUGA